CAUUGUUUUGGUAUUUUUUUUAAUUUAAAGCAAACUAAAAGACCGUUAUUGAAAGGUGCCUAAACGGGGAAAAAUCCUACAAAUUUAAAUCAGACGAUGGAUUAACGGGAGGAGCUCGGUUGCUUAGUAACUGCCUGAGGCGAUAGCGGACGAAAUUUAACAAGAUUUAAAAAAACUAACAAAGAACAUUUAAUAUUUUUAAAAGAUAUUAACAGACGGGUGCGGUGACGUCAGCGACUUGUCACCUGGUUUGGGAGGGUCCGUUAGGUGGAGGGGGGAAGUACGGAAGUCUCGCGCGGGGAUACGCGCAGGAAUGUCGCGGGAAGUCGCUAUAGAGACAGCGCAGCUUCUCUGCGGGAGUGGCUAGCAGCGCGGAGAGGAGUGAGACUAGUAAGUGGUCUCGUUGAGUUCCCUCAUUCCCUCCCCCCCGCGUCAGGAGUUCUUGGUCAGCCUGAACUGGGGAGGAGGAAGUUUGUCAAAUCCGUGAGGGGCUGGGAGCUGCCUACGGCUGGGAGUGACUACUAGCCGGAGCACCAGCGACAGGAUCCUGCUCUGGAGAGGGUUCUCCACGCCCUCCGCUCUCCCAACCGGAUUUAGACCCCUUAGACGGACCAGCUUCAUUGGACAGGUGGUUUGUGAUUCCAGACCAUUCAUAAAGAUGAUUCUGCAAGCCUAAUGUCAGAGUAUUCUCUAAGGUUGCACAAUUUCAACAUAAAUUAUUACACUGAAAACUAACCAGUGAAAGAAACCAUCUUUUAUUCUUUUUAAUGUUUCAUCUGGACUAGCAGAACCAAGACCUUUAGAAAGAAUGAGGCUGAAGACAUCACUCUUAAAGGAACCAAAACAUAAAGAAUUGGUUAGCUGUGUGGGUUGGACUACAGCUGAUGAGCUAUAUUCAUGCAGUGAUGAUCACCAUAUCAUGAAAUGGAACUUGUUAACUAGUGAGACAACUCAAGUAGUGAAGCUUCCUGAUGAUAUCUACCCCUUAGAUCUUCACUGGUUUCCCAAAACUGUAGGUGGAAAGAAGCAAUCUCAAGCUGAGAGUUUUGUAUUGACAAGCUCUGAUGGCAAGUUCCAUUUGAUUUCAAAGAUAGGAAGAGUGGAAAAAAGUGUAGAAGCUCACUGUGGAGCUGUACUUGCGGGAAGAUGGAAUUAUGAAGGAACAGCACUGGUCACAGUUGGUGAAGAUGGACAAAUAAAAAUCUGGUCUAAAAGUGGAAUGCUGAGAUCCACUUUAGCACAACAAGGAACACCAGUUUACUCAGUAGCAUGGGGCCCCGAUUCAGAAAAGAUUCUCUAUACAUCAGGAAAGCAGCUGAUUAUUAAACCUCUUCAACCAAAUGCUAAAGUUUUACAGUGGAAAGCCCAUGAUGGAAUUAUUUUAAAACUUGAUUGGAAUUCAGUCAAUGACCUUAUCCUAUCUGCUGGUGAAGACUGUAAAUAUAAGGUGUGGGAUAGUUAUGGUCGUCUACUGUACAGCUCUCAGCCUCAUGAUUAUCCUAUAACUUCUAUUGCCUGGGCUCCGGAUGGAGAAUUAUUUGCUGUGGGGUCUUUUCAUACUUUGCGCCUUUGUGAUAAAACUGGGUGGUCAUAUGCUUUAGAGAAACCAAGUACUGGCAGUAUAUUUAAUAUUGCUUGGUCUGUUGAUGGUACUCAAAUAGCAGGAGCUUGUGGAAAUGGACAUGUGAUUUUUGCCCAUAUUGUGGAGCAACGCUGGGAAUGGAAGAACUUUGAAAUAACAUUAACUAAAAGAAGAACUAUGGAGGUCCGUAAUGUUGUUAAUGAUGCAGUGGAUUUACUUGAAUUCCGUGACAGAGUCAUUAAGGCCUCUUUGAACUACGGGCAUUUAGUUGUUUCAACUUCUCUUCAAUGUUAUGUGUUUUCUACAAAGAACUGGAACACACCACUUAUCUUUGACCUCAAAGAAGGAACAGUAAGUUUAAUUCUACAAGCAGAAAGGCAUUUUCUUCUUAUAGACGGUGGAGGAAUCUAUUUAUAUUCUUAUGAAGGACGAUUAAUUUCAUCUCCAAAAUUUCCAGGAAUGAGGACAGAUAUAUUAAAUGCCCAGACUGUAUCUCUGAGUAAUGAUACUCUAGCAAUAAAAGACAAAGCUGAUGAAAAAGUUAUCUACCUGUUUGAAGUGUUGUCUGGGAAGCCAUUAGGUGAUGGGAAACCUCUUACUCACAAGACAGACAUCACUGAGAUUGCCCUUGAUCAGAAGGGACUUACAAAUGAGAGAAAAAUUGCUUUUAUUGAUAAAAACAGAGAUCUUUAUAUCACAUCAGUGAAGAGAUUUGGGAAAGAACAGAAAGUUAUCAAAAUUGGAACAAUGGUGCACACUUUAGCUUGGAAUGACACAUCCAACAUACUUUGUGGACUCCAGGAUACACGUUUUACAGUCUGGUACUAUCCCAAUACAGUAUAUGUAGAUAAAGAUCUUCUGCCAAAAACACUUUAUGAAAAAGAUGCAAGCGAAUUUAGCAAAAAUCCCCAGAUACUAUGUUUUAUGGGAAAUCAAGUAACAAUCAGAAGAGCUGAUGGCUCACUUAUUCAUCUCAAUAUAUCACCUUAUCCAGCAAUUCUUCAUGAGUAUGUUAGUGGUUCAAAAUGGGAGGAUGCAGUCAGAUUGUGUCGCUUUGUUAAGGAUCAAACAAUGUGGGCAUGCUUAGCCGCUAUGGCAGUUUCCAAUAAGGAUAUGACAACAGCAGAAAUAGCCUAUGCAUCAAUCGGUGAUAUUGAUAAAGUUCAAUACAUCAAUUCUAUCAAAGAACUUCCAUCAAAAGAAUCAAGAAUGGCUCAUAUACUGCUGUUCAGUGGAAAUAUACAAGAUGCUGAAAUGCUGCUUCUUCAAGCAGGCCUUUUUUAUCGAGCUAUUCAAGUCAACAUUAACCUUUAUAAUUGGGAUCGGGCACUAGAACUAGCAGUGAAGCACAAGACACAUGUUGACACAGUUUUGGGUUAUCGACAGAAGUUUCUAGAGGAUUUUGGUAAAAAAGAAACCAAUAAUAGAUUUUUGCAGUAUGCAGAAGGUCUGGAAGUUGACUGGGACAAAAUCAAGGCCAAAAUAGAAAUGGAAAUUUCUAAAGAAAGAGAACGAGCUGCAGCUACUCCAGCAGUCAGAACCAGUGUAACUGUACAGCGCUAAAUACAGUCUAGGUCAUAUAGACAUUUGCUGUAUCAGUAUACUGAUAAAUCUAAGGAUUAUCAUUUUUCCAGAGAGUGAAAUAUGGAAGUCUGAUACCUGAAAGUAUUAUACUUCUUGCUGAAUAUUGGACAAUGGGCAGAACUGGAUUCAUAUGUUUGUAGGCCAUUAUAAGUUGUGGGCCCCACCUUGCUUUCUUUACUCAUAUAAGGAGUCCAGUGAAGUCAGUGGUCUUUAAAGUAAAAAUAUGCAGUCUUAGAUACCUGGAUGUAGGCACUGAAAUUAGUAUUUAAGCAUCUAAAUAAGUGGUCUGAUUUUUCAGCAACUAUGGUUGCUGAUACACAGCACUUUUGAAAAGGAGGCCAGUUGGUUAAAGAUACCUUUAGAUUAUUUAGGCACUUAGCUUUAGGCAACCAAUGUGAAAAAUAUGAACCUACAUCUAUGAAUGGCAAAGGAAAGUUUAAUUUGCAGAUACACAGGUUAAUGAUGUAUAACAGCACAGUCCCAGUGCUGAAAUAUUUUCAAAUAAUACACAUCUGUUAUUACAGAUAAAUUCAGCACCUGAGAUUGGUUGCAAACCUGUUUCUGUCAACAGCCAAAAAAAGGGUAACUGUUAGAGAUGUAAACACAGUCCAAAACCAGUUAAACUGUUUAUUUAACCAAUUAACCACUGGUCAAAGGGAGGGAGUUGUUUCAGCCCUGACUUGCUACAGCCAUGAGUGGCAGGGCCUACUCCAGCCCACCCUUGCCGUGCUGUGAGGGCUGCUCUGAACCUGCUGCACCGAAGGGGCUGCUCCGGUCCUACUGGCAGAGAGCUGCUCUGAUCCUGCCAUCUACCGUUGUUGGGGUCCUGCCAGCCAGGACACAAUGGGCAGAAGGCUGCUCUUGCCAGCAGGGCCCUCUGAUUAACUGGUUACCUAGCAAGAGUGCCAGUAAGGCAUAUGCUUAUCAAGUAACCAGUUAAUUGUUUAACCUUUAACAUCCAUAGAAGCUGUUGAAUAAAAAACUUUUAAAUGUUAAAUAAAUUAUUUCAUAAUAAUCUAAAAUACUAUGUAACACGUUUUGAAUUUUCUUUGAAUUAGCAGAAAGUCAGUUUUCUGCAAGUAUCCAAUGUAUGAUUGACGAUAGUGUUCUAUACUUCUUUAAUGGUUUGCAAGUCCCAUGCAUUUUGAAGGAAGUUUUUCAUA